CGGCCCGCCUCCACGACCGGUCGGUCCCGCCAUGGACGGGCUCCGGGCGAGCGGGGGGCUCUUGAGGCGCGGACGGUUGAGACGCCGGCGCCAGCCGCAGCCGCACAGCGGGUCGGUCCUCGCCCUGCCCCUGAGGCCCAGGAAGAUCCGAAGGCAGCUGAGGAGAAGCGUGGCGUCCCGCAUGGCCGCACUGAGGGCCCAGACGCUGCCGAGCGAGGACUCGGAGGACUCGAGGGUGGAGUCGACGGUCGAGGAUGCGGGGGACCCGCUGCCUGGUGGGGCGGCGGCCAUCCCCGACGCGGCCCGGCGAGAGCCGUACGGCCACCUGGGGCCUGCAGAGCUGCGGGAGGCCUCGCCCGCGGCCCGCUCCCUGCAGACCCCCCGCGCCUUGGCGCCCGCCCUGUCCGCGCGUCUGGUGCCGGCUUCCGCGCCGCCCGCGCGCCUGCUGGAGGUGCCCGCGGCGCCGCCCCGCGUGGUGGAAGCCUCGGCCCUGCUGUGCAAUGCCCAGCACCUGGCGGCCGCCCCGCCGUCCGCGGCCCCCGCCACGCUGUCGGGGCCGCAGGUGGACGGCACGGGCGGGGAGCUGGCCUGGGACUCCCCGCUGCAGCGCGUCCUGGCCGAGCUGAACCGCAUCCCCAGCAGCCGGCGGCGGGCAGCGCGCCUCUUCGAGUGGCUCAUCUCGCCCAUGCCGCCGGACCAUUUCUACCGGCGCCUGUGGGAGCGGGAGGCGGUGCUCGUGCGGCGGCAGGACCACGCCUACUAUCAGGGGCUUUUCUCCACCGCGGACCUGGACUCCAUGCUGCGCCACGAGGAGGUGCAGUUCGGGCAGCACUUGGACGCCGCUCGCUACAUCAACGGGCGGCGCGAGACCCUGAACCCACCCGGCCGCGCGCUCCCCGCCGCCGCCUGGUCCUUGUACCAGGCCGGCUGCUCCCUGCGCCUUCUCUGUCCGCAGGCUUUUUCGACCACCGUGUGGCAGUUUCUGGCUGUGCUCCAGGAGCAGUUUGGAAGCAUGGCGGGCUCCAACAUUUACCUCACGCCCCCCAACUCGCAGGGCUUUGCUCCCCACUACGACGACAUCGAGGCUUUUGUGCUGCAGCUGGAAGGUCGGAAACUCUGGCGUGUGUACCGACCCCGGGUCCCGACUGAGGAGCUGGCUCUGACAUCCAGUCCCAACUUCAGCCAGGACGACCUCGGUGAGCCUGUGCUGCAGACUGUGCUGGAACCUGGAGAUUUGCUCUAUUUUCCCCGGGGCUUCAUUCACCAAGCCGAAUGCCAGGAUGGUGUGCACUCUCUGCACCUCACCUUAUCCACGUACCAGCGCAAUACCUGGGGCGACUUCCUGGAGGCGGUACUGCCUCUGGCAGUGCAGGCUGCAAUGGAAGAAAACGUGGAGUUCCGAAGGGGUCUCCCCCGAGACUUCAUGGAUUACAUGGGAGCCCAGCAUUCGGAUUCUAAGGAUCCACGAAGAACGGCUUUUAUGGAGAAGGUGCGAGUCCUGGUUGCCCGCUUGGGACACUUUGCCCCUGUCGAUGCUGUGGCUGACCAGCGAGCCAAAGACUUCAUCCACGACUCUCUGCCCCCUGUGUUGACUGAUAGGGAGAAGGCACUAAGUGUUUAUGGGCUCCCAAUUCGCUGGGAGGCUGGAGAACCUGUAAACGUUGGGGCCCAGUUAACCACAGAAACAGAAGUGCACAUGCUCCAGGAUGGGAUAGCGCGGCUGGUGGGUGAGGGAGGCCAUUUGUUUCUCUAUUAUACAGUGGAGAACUCCCGUGUUUAUCAUCUGGAAGAACCCAAGUGCUUGGAGAUAUACCCUCAGCAAGCUGAUGCCAUGGAACUCUUGCUCCGCUCCUACCCAGAGUUUGUGAGAGUAGGGGACUUGCCCUGUGACACAGUGGAGGACCAGCUUUCCUUGGCAACCAUGUUAUAUGACAAGGGGCUGCUGCUCACCAAGAUGCCUCUAACCUGAACUAGUUUCUUGUUAUUUGCUGGGUGCAAGACCGUGAUUCUCUCUUACCACCAUUACCACCUUUUUGGGGAGGGGUUGUGGGGGGGGGGGGACUCGUUCUUACCUUGAUAAACAUUUACCUUUAUGACUGGUCACAUUUACCUUUAUGACUGUUUUAAUGUCACAAGUUUCAGACGGUUUUCUAGGAAUCACCACUUCAUCUAGGUACAAAAGUAAAAGCAGAAGUUGGAGGUGGAAAAAGCA